ACAACGUCGCGGCCGAGUGUGGUUUCAGUCGAGUCGUUUGGUACGUCCGUCUCCGCGUGCUUGCCAACCGCUGUAACAGUUUCGUCACGCGUGCGCUGGAAUAUGGCGAGUGUGCUGCCCAGUCCACCGUCCAGCGAUGACCACCUGACCACGGCUGGGUUCUUCAGUCACGUGCCGGCUUGGACUACGACGACCAUGCUGCCCGGACUUUGUCGAAGCAGCCGUGACUUUGACUGCCGACCGUGCACACCGGAGACGCCAGACGACUCGUCCAGUCGGGACUCUGACUCUGGCUGCUCGCCGAACCAUGUUCUCAAGGACGAUGGUAGCGUACUCCAGGACCCGUGCGCAACGGUGACGUCAUCUUCCGCGUCGUCGCCAAAGUCGGCGUACAAGCACGUGCCCCACCGAGAAAAACCUCCGCACCUGGUGGCUCGAAGGAAUGCCAGGGAGCGACGCAGAGUGCAGGCGGUGAACAACGCCUUCUGCAGGCUACGGAAGUGCGUGCCGGUCGAGAACAGGGCCAAGAGGCUGUCAAAGGUCAAGACGCUUCACAGAGCCAUAGAAUACAUCCAAGCCCUUCAGCAUCUUCUGACAGAGGCGGACAAGGCUGUUACAUCAUCUACGACUACACCCGAAGUCUGCACUCCAAAUGCCAUCUACCAGGAGACACCGGCGCCAGUCUGCGACAAGGAGAACGAUGCUAGUCAACGCUGGAUAACUUUGGAAAAUGCAUCCGUGUGCGGUACGGAGAGUUAUUCCAGUUACCUCAACUUCUACGAAGAAUAUGGCAUCACGUUGGCCAGUUGACUUCCCUGAGACACUCUGUGAAACCCGGUCUUUAUAUACCUUCGCACACUGCGGAGCAUGUCUGCCUUGUUGACGGGCACCCCAUGUGACUUCAUCGACGCCGAUGACACGUGACAUCUUCUGAAGACCAUCGACGCAAAUACCUCAGCGGCUCCAGUGGAUUUACACUUAUUGAGGUGCCAGCGACAUUGAUCGUGCAUACUUGUAUCGUGAUGUCAUUCCGAAAGCUGUGACGUAUUGCAUUAGCAAGCUACGUUAUACUGUUUGUGCGGAGGAGCUGUGAUUUUGACGCUGUUCCCGACGAUUAAUUAUGACGACAAAGUAUCACUUUCAUGAAGGUGGUCCUCAACCGACCGAGACAUACCUCGCGACUCAUGUACAGUUUUGACUUGUUUACACGCUCGCAGUAGCUUCAUUCAUUCCAAGAACUUGGGUACAAAUGACUGUCAAGAUAUGUGACAUAAUCCAUUCCAUAUGUGCUCAUGAUAGCAUAAUUCAGUCUCAAGAACUUGGUUACAAGUGAUUUCCAAUAUGCGUGACAUGAUCCAUUCCAUAGGCUAGUGAUAGCGUGAUUCAUUUCAGAGGACUUGAGUACAAGCGACUCCCUAAAUAUGUGACAUUAUCCAUUCCAUAGGCUCGUAAUAGCACAAUUCAUUCCCAAGAACUUGGGUCCACGUUUAGAUCAUCCAGGUUUAGAUCCAAAAUCAUUCAGGGAAAUGUUGUCCGACAUUAUGCCACGAAGAAUUACCGUCAGGUAUCGGUGAAGCGCGCGGUGACGUCAUAGCAUCGCAAGUAUCCUAAUCCGAGUGAUGACAUUUGCAGUACUGUGGUAUUUUUCUUGAUUUUCUGGACAAUUUGAACAGUAUUAAGACUGGUCACAAGUGGGUCUUGCCCCGUACUCGUUUUUUUUUUUAAUUUUCUUUCUCCUGAUUGCCAAACCUUUUGCACUCAUUUUUUAUGUUUCGUUGCGUAUGUACCUAAGUCAUGUCUAAGCGCACACAGUGGUGAUCUAUCGAACUUGUAAGAAGGACUGUGUUAUACAUCAGACAUCAGGGAUUGUGUCUCCAAGCCACCAUGUCUACGGGCAUUCGAUGCGGCGAGUCUGCUUUGUUUUUGUGUUUUCGUUGAUUUUGUGUUUGCGCGGGGCAGUUGCUUGUGUAUAUACUCAAGAACGUUCCUUUCAAAGUGGCAUUGCAGAGUUUUCCUAGUCUAUUCUUUUUUUUUUUUCGUUGUUACUUACAUUCAUUUCCUGUUGUAAGUACGAGCCCUCUUUGUGGAAGAAAAUUGUAGAUUCAAUAAAAAAUGAAUUAUAA